CUGCUUGAGCCCAACAUUGACAAAGCUAUAUUCUCACUUGGUGAUGGCUUCGUGUCAUUUCUGGAUUCUAACUUUCUUUGUUGCUUUGUUGUUUACAGGCAGCAAUGUGGCUUCAACAGCUCGUCAUCUUUUGAAAGAUGCCAACUCCAAGGGUCCAUCUUCAGCAUCAAUCUCUCGGGUUGUGCCUCCCUUGCCUAAGCCCAAAUUACCUCCAUUCCUAACUUCCCCACCGGCCCUAUCCCCAGAAUUGCCUUUUUCAUCACCUCCACCGUCACAAUUUCCGCCAUCCAUUUCACCCGAAUCGCCCUUCUCAUCACCUCCACCAUCCGAAUUGCCACCAACCAAAUCUCCAAAAUCGCCGUUUUUCCCACCUCCACCAUCGCAAUUGCCACCAACCAAAUCACCAGAAUCACCCCUUCCAUUGCCUCCACCAUCCCAAUCGCCACCAGCAAAAUCGCCCCUUCCAUCGCCUCCACCAUCAUAUUUGCUACCACCCAAAUCAUCAAAAUCGUCUGUUCCACCACCUCCACCAUCGCAAUUGCAACCACCCAAAUCACCAAAACUGCCCCUUCUAGCACCUCCACCAUUGCAAUUGCCACCACCAAAAUCAUCUGUUCCACCACCUCCAUCAUUGCAAUUGCCACCAGCCAUAUCACCAGAACUACCCUUUCUAUCACCAGAAAUACCGCCUGCUACAACUUCGGCACCCACAUUGCCAGAAGAACCACCUAUUACAAACUUGACCCCCACAAUAUCACCGAUGUCACCUCCCUCCACGCUGCCAAAGCUCAUGUUACCUCCACUGCCUGGCAUGGAGUUGCCGCCUUUGCCUAAGCCCGUAUUACCCCCCAUUACCUCCUUUGACAACUCUACCUCCGGUUCCCAUCAUCGGAAAACACACAAAUUCCUCAGAUACAUCCCUCUCCCCUCCUCCAACCACUAGCCCUUAGAUAUGGUACUUGCUCAUCGUGGGUAUGCCUCCUCGUUCGUGUGAAGUUGGGCCGUUGGGGUACUAUUGUUAUUUGUUAUCACAAUUUAAACGGGAAGAGGCCUUUAAUUUUGAUUUCUCUUUGUAUCUUUUUGGGUCAUGUAGCUAUUUGUCACGGGAAGAUGCCUUCAAUUUUGAUUUCUCAUUGUGCCUU